AUGCUGUCACAGAUACACAGCCCUCAUCAUUUUCAAAAGAUCAAAAGGCUACAAUCGGGCGUAGAAUGCUCUCCUUCAUCGAAAAGCAUCAAUACUUCUGCUCGCCUUGCAAAGUCGCCACCUAGGAGUCUUACCCUCUUCUCUGACACUUGUCAUACAUACCACCCUUCUAUCAGCUGGCUCGAUGGCCUCAUUUCGGAUUAUCCUCUCUUUGACGAAUCAUCGCGCAUACAUGAGAUCAUCACAGCUAUGAAGAGCAGACUUUUGCAUUAUGCUCUAGAAGGAUGCAGAGCAAUUCUAGCGCCCCUGUUAUCUAAAUCGAACAGUGCAGACAAUCUUCUUUGUAAUUCGAUCAACACACGGCCAGAUGUAUGGAAAGCAGUACUUUCAGCCCAACAUUACGGAGUUAUUUAUCUUGUUUCGCGAUCCGAUGCCCGCGACAUUUACCUAUCCUCUAUAAAGGCUCAUCCAAGUGAAACACAAGCCAUUGAUGAGUUCCUACGAGUUGAUGCCGCAGGUAUUCGGGCUAUAAACUACGCCGUUCAUGCCUACAUCAGACGCGACGGGCUACGAGUGGAUCACGCUAGCAGUUUUGUGCCUCCAAAUGCCAUCUCGUCGGUCGGAGAGAGGCAUGUGGUCAUUCGGGCCGUAGACUUUGAACGAACUAGCGAGAGCGUGCUGGCAGAGACGAUCCCACUAUGGGAUCUCCAUGACUUUGCACACCUUAGCUGCGCGACGCUGUGUCCAUCUCUCUUCGGAAACAAAUACCAAACACACCUGGCUCUAUUGCACAAAAGCCUCACCGCAUUGGUUAGAUCGCCAGGAAUGAGUGCAGGGACAGGGCCCAAAAUAUCUGACGGCAUGAUAUUCAGUCAGUUGCUCACACCGAUGUUCACCGAAGCGCUGAAGCAGAACAAGAGUUACACAUACGCAUCCCUCACGGAGAAGCUUGCCAUUGAUCUGGCUGAGUAUCUCCUCGGACAAAAAGCACUGAAACAUCUUUCAACUGGGAACAUGAUGACGCUCUCUGAGCCGAUCACGCCAAUACAACUCGCGGUGCUGGUACAAAACAAGGGUUAUGAGCUUCCUGCCAGCGAGAUAGAGCAGCGAGUCUUCACUCGCGGUGGUCCAACCGGUUCCUCUGAUGAUGUCCUACUUCCCAUGUCAGCGAAAGAGCGCAUUGAAUAUCUGGCGACUAGUAGAAGUUGGAUGUAUUUUGAAGUCAGAAAUACGAUCAAGCAUAGAGCACACAAAACAGCAUACAAAAUUGUUUGCUCGAGAUUAAUGCAGAAGGCUAAAGAAGGUUCAGAUAAACAAAAGGAGCUUCUGUGCAUCAUCAAGAGCCACCUUAUGUUUGAGGAUUGGCAAGCAGGAGAGCAAAUCAAUCUCUGGAGUUUUCUAGCAGAGAAAGAGUGGUGA